AUGCAGUUCACUUGGUGGGGCGGGGCCGAACCGGACCCCUGGGUAGAGGGCAGGGCCGAGGCAGCAUGGGCAGUGGCCUCUAGUGACCAGUCCUACCAUGGGAAACAGCAGUUCCCACAAGAGGAUCAAAGCACCCAGUCAGGCCAGCAAGGACGGGCCGCCUGACACAGACAAGGCCCGUCACAGGCAGUUCUUCAGCCACCUCAAGCGGAAGAAGCCAAGUCCCACGGCCUCACAACACAUCACUUUCCCCUUCUUUCAAUGGCGAGAGGCCCCUGACUCCGCCCGGGUGGGUGAGAAUCCCCGCAUCAAGGCUGGGAAAACCAAGAUCGUACUGCUUUUCCCGCUGGACAAGCGGCAGCAGCUGGCCGAGGCAGCAGCGGGCCCGUAUGCGCGGCCCGGGCGGCCAGCUGAGGACGUGCUCGGCGCCCCGACAUGCUUCCCAGCGGUGGCGCCCAUGCUGCGUGGGGCAGGCGAUGGCGUGGACAGGCGCGAAGGCGCUCGUGCCCGGGAGAUGAAAAGGAUCCUGGUGCUGCUGCUGCAGCUGGACGCGCGGCUGCAGGAGGAAGGGCGUCGCGGGGCAGGCGGGCGGGGUGGUGGCGCCAAGGCCCAGCAGGGCUGGCAGCCGCUGUAUGCGCAUCUGCUGACCCAUCGUGAGGCCUGCGGUGAAAGCGACCCCCGCGAGGAGCAGCCACGCAAGCGGCGCCGCUGCCCUCGUCCGAGGCCCUGAGUGCCUGGUGUGGUCCCCAGCGCUAGGGCUCUGCUCAAUAAAGAGCGCAUAGCAA